AUGAAGGUGAAAGUCGAAUUCCUUGGAGGGCUCGAUGUGAUCCUGCUGGGGGUCAGAGAACAUAAAGUCGAUCUCCCCCAAGAAGAGGGAGAGGCGACGAUGAGAGACUUGGUCAACCACUUGUGCAAGACCGUGAUUACCGACGCUAAAGAUAUCCCCGUAUUCAUUGAAGACGAUACCGUCCGCCCCGGGAUCCUUGUGCUUAUUAACGAUACUGACUGGGAGCUUGAAGGUAUGGAAGACUACGUGUUGGAAGCUGGUGACGUUAUUACUUUCACCAGUACCUUACACGGGGGUUAA